AGUUGGACCCUGAGGCCCUCCUCAUUAGCCACGAAGCAUGCCAAAGAAGCAGCACAGAAGAGCGACACGAGGUGAUAUCAUAUUGAACUUCCCAAAAGGGGACGGAAACCCUCUUGAGGAAGAGAAAACGACAAAAGGGAAAACGACAAAUCCGUAUCCUUACUCUAAGUCAGUGGCAGUCCGGGAGCGGGACACAAUGGAGAAGGAGGAGAAACAUGGACUGCCGGCACUGCAGUCACAAAGGCAAGCCCAGGCAGAAUGUGGACUUUCAGGAAAUUCAAUGCCUUCAGAAAGCACCCAAGCAAGACAACUGCUACAAGAGUGGGACUUGGAUGCUGAGGAGUGGAAGCAACACCAACACCAACAAGAACAAGAACAGCAGCAGCAGCAGCAGCAGGAGCAAAUGCGGGAGGGGGAGGGGGAGGGGGAGGAGGAGGAGGAGGAGGUGGUGGUAUGGGAGGGGCAAGAGAUAUGGGAGAGAACGGAGAUGGGAAUGCGGCGACUGCGUGGACUGGUGCCGGUGCCCGCGUGCGGCGCCUGCAAAGUUCACAUGCAGGAGGAGGAAGAGUCUAUUGAGCCUAUUCUGGACGGGAUAGGAAUGACAAGAGGAGGAGGAGGAGGAGGAGGAGGAGGAGGAGGAGGAGGAGGAGGAGGACUCCUUAAUCCUUCAUUCCUCGUGCGCCUCAUUUCAACUGUGCAAUCAUUGGCGUUCAGCAUGGAUGAUGUGAAGGGUAAAUUAUUGGAAUGCAGUUCGGUGAUGGAUAAGCGAAUGCGAGCAAUGGAAUCCUCCAUGAGCGGGAUGAAGGGCAUGAGCUUAGAAGAGACAAUAAGGAGAGCCAUACGGCAGGAGACGAGUGCAAGUGCGCCUGACAGUGUUAGUAGGAGAGAGACAGCGUCUACCUCCGACUCGACUUUGACAUGCAGACACUGUCACAUGCAGUCCGGCGUGGUAGCAAGGGAGCUCAGAAAACUGCGCGCAGAGCUUCGCCAACUCGAAAACCGCGUCCGCAAAUUAGAUAAGGCAAUGAAUACUAGCGCAAUGCCAAGCUUGUCGGCCACAUUGCCCAACACCGUGACAAUAGAAGCUGCAGCUCCUCCGCAGGAUGCUACUGCAACUGAUACCCAAAUUCGAUCUACGGCUACCAGCAGGCGUAGGAAGCAUCCCAGGGGUCCACCAAGUGUAAACAAUAGCCAGUAUCGCAACAGUACCAAUGGCCACGAGGACGGCAAUAGCUAUAAUAGCAGUCGCAAUGUGGAUAGCCGUCGCAAUAGCUAUAGCAAUCGAAGUGCUAAGCACGGCGUCAAUAGCAUUAGCAAGAUGAAGUCGCAGUUGGUUACGCCCAAACUGGACUGCACUAAAAAUAGCAACGGGAAUAGCAACGGGAAUAGCAACGGGAAUAGCAACGGGAAUAGCAACGGGAAUAGCAACGGGAAUAGCAACGGGAAUAGCAAUGGGAAUAGCAACGGGAAUAGCAAUAGCAAUAGCAACCGAAGAGCUAAUGGAGGUGGAAAUCGCAGUCCUAAAACCGAGUCCCAGUCCGGCAAGCCAAGACCGGAAUUCGGUAGGUGGCUUAUAGAAGUCGAGAGAUUCUUUGAAGCGGUAGGGGGUCCUGAGGAGAGGAAGCUCAUCAUAUGUCGCCCCUUGUUGGGGGGUCUCUAUCAUGCUUGGCUUCUGCACGGCGAUGACGACAUGGAACACAGAACGGCCAUGAAUCUGGAGUUUGCCUUCACUUGGGAUGAGUUGAAGCAUGCCAUGUGGGCUCGAUACCCAACUCGAAAGCCCGAACGAAAGGCAAGGCAUCUCCUUGAUAGGUGCAAACAGAACGGCAGACCCAUCCAGGACCAUAUUCAAGAAUUCGAGAAGAUUCUGGGAAUGGCCGAAAAGACGUAUCCAGAGGAAAUCAUCAUCGAGAAGUUCGUCGACAGUUUGGACGCGCGCUUGCGCAAGCAAGUCAGACCUAAGGAAGACGAAGUUGAGACCUUCGACGCCAUAGCCACCUUUGCACAGAAGCUUGCCAACCCAAAUUCAGGGCCCGGCAAUAGGGCGAUCUCGUUUGCUAGCUUCCAUUUCCAGUUCUGGUUCUGGUUCUGGUUCUGGUUCUGGUUCUGGUUCCAGUUCCGGUUCCGGUUCUGGUUCCGGUUCCGGUUCCAGUUCCGGUUCCAGUUCCAGUUCCGGUUCCGGUUCCAGUUCCGGUUCUGGUUCCGGUUCCGGUUCUGGUUCCAGCAAAAGGGUGCCACUGUCUCCUUCAACGAGUUGGCACCGGACAACCGGUCACCGUAUGGAAUGCAGAGGAUCCAACAUCCAACACACGUGGACAUCAACAUUGAGGACGACUCCCUUCCUUCACAACCAUCACCAGCAGAUGGUCACAAGAAGAAGUCGAAGAAGAAGAGAGAAGAAGAAGUCGAAGAAGAAGAAGUCGAAGAAGAAGUCGAAGAAGAAGUCGAAGAAGAAGAAGAAGUCGAAGAAGAAGUCGAAGAAGAAGAAGAAGUCGAAGAAGAAGAAGAAGAAGAAGAAGAAGAAGAAGAAGAAGAAGAAGAAGAAGAAGAAGAGGAGGAGAGGGAGGUGGGGGGGGUGCCGAUGGGUUCUGAGGCCAGGCAUCGCUCCAGUGACCAGUCUAUUCAUUGAGACCAGCACCAUUGCCCCAGUCUAUUCAAUAGUCGAGUACAGUGUUAGUUGUAUGUUUUGGACUUUAAGUUAGUCUAUAGCUAACCAUGUACUCGACUAUUGAAUAGACUAAGAACCAGCGGAGCCAUAUGUAAAUAUCUAAAAUUUCUAAAUUAUAGUGAAUGGUAAAAGCAGAUGGCUUUAGACUUUAGUCUUUAGACAAACAUCAAUGGAGGGAAACGAACCCUCAGAGAGCAGCAUGUAAAAAUCUAAAUAGUUAAAACAAAUGGCUUUAGACAAA